UAACCUGUACAUAAAAAAAUCUUGGCCUCGGAUUCGGUGAUGGUCUUUGACCACCGUCAGCUCGUGCAGUACCUAACUCACCAUCGAUAGUAAUUUUCCAAUUUUUUAGUUCUUUUCCUCAUUUCCCCAGUGCUUUUCCUUCGAUUUUCCAGCUCAGGGCAGUCAUACACCACUACUGGGAGUUGCGUUCCAUCUUUACUCUGAAUCCCCCUUGCGGGGCGAAAGAUCUUUGUUGUGCUGCAAAGGAAGCAGGACAAACCACCUGUAGCCAGAAAUGGCGUCAGGUGGAAGAGAAGGACCGUCGUCCUCAGUAGCAUCCGGUGGUGGACAUCAAAGCUUUGAGCAAUUCAUAUCGCAAUUUUCCACGCGUGCUUCCCUCGGGCAAGAACCAUCCAAUUCGCGUUCAGGUGGUGGAUUUGACAGUGAACGAAGCUCAAGCCUGAAACCAACCGCAGCGGAAUUUGUACCAAGCUGGCAACGGCAGGAAGGAAGGCUUCCUCAUCAAGAAAGCAUCACUGGUCAAUGCAAUGGGGAGAGAGCAACCGGCGCUGUACGCAAGCAGUACGACAGACCAAGGUGGAACAAUGGUCGCAAGAAUAAUCGUAACGGAGAUCGUAAUGGAUUUGCGAGGGGGCGAGGACGUGGUUUCAAUGAUUUCCGUGAACCGAGGGAGAAUGGUGGAGAAGGACAUUUUCAAAACGGAGGAUAUGAGGACACCUCAAGAGACUACGACCGUCCUCGUAGGGCUCAACAACUACCUCAACAAAAUGGAAGAUGGAAGGGAAACAAUGGGGGAGGACGAUUCCGGUUUGGCCGCCAAGGUCAAAGACCGGACCAGGAUCGAAACGAGCCUCAGAUGAACGGCAACAGCAAUCACAAUCAGAGUGAAUCCAAGGACGCGGACAUGAAGGAGCAACGGAGACCGAAUGGGUUUCAGAGAAACCGGGCCCGCCAGGAAAAGUUAGAAGCGAAAAUCAUCUCCAAGUGCUCGCAGCGCGAGAAAUUGAUUCGGGAGCUGGAUUCCUGCAAACUGGAGUGUCUCGUUUGUUGCGAACUGGUGCGCCCCACUCAAUCGGUUUGGUCCUGUCCGAACUGCUACCACAUUCUGCAUCUGAACUGUACGACCAAAUGGGCCAGCAGUUCUAAGUCCGACGAUGGGUGGCGAUGCCCUGCGUGUCAGAACGUGUCGAAGAAGGUACCCCACGAAUACUACUGUUUCUGUGGCAAGCAGAGGAAUCCCCAAUACAAUCGGAACGAUGUGGCCCACUCGUGCGGAGAGCUAUGUGGCCGCGAAGAGAUUUGUGAACAUUCGUGCACUCAGCUCUGCCACCCGGGACCUUGUCCGCCGUGUCAGGCGAUAGUUCAGAGAAGCUGUGGAUGCGGCCGCUCCACCAAGCCGAUGCAGUGCCGUCAGAAAGAUGAGAUCCUUUGCGAUGCCACUUGCGAAAGAGCUUUGAAUUGCGGCAUUCACAGUUGUCAGCAGAAGUGCCACUACGGAGCUUGCAACCAAUGUGAGGAAACUUUGGAGCACGAAUGUCACUGUGGGAAAGAGAAAAGGCUGGUAGCUUGUACGGUUGAUAAUUUGGAUAAUACUCGUUUCUGUUGUGAGAAAGUUUGUAAUGCCCAGCUGAGUUGCAAGAACCACAACUGCACGAAACUUUGCCACACGAGCACUUGUGGCGAGUGUUUGCUCUCUCCCGGACAUAUCACGUCAUGUCCAUGUGGGAAACAAGCAAUUAUCAAAGGCGAAAGGGAAUCAUGCUUGGACCCUAUACCAGUCUGUGAAUCUGUCUGUGGGAAGCAACUUCUCUGUGGCACCCCGGGUGCUCAUCACGUAUGUAUCGCCAAAUGCCACUUGGGCGAUUGUCCGCCGUGUAAUAAAUCUACUGUUGUCAAAUGCCGCUGCGGCCACAUGGACCAGCAAAUGAAAUGCAAACAGCUUCAAACCCGAGCCGAUGAUGCACGAUGUAAGAAGCGCUGCAGUCGAAUGCGUAGCUGCGCCAAACACAAGUGUAACCAGGAAUGUUGCAUCGAUUUCGAUCACAUCUGCACAAAAACUUGCUCCAAAAUGCUGUCCUGCGGUCGUCAUCGCUGCGAUAAGACCUGUCACAAAGGCUCGUGCCAAACAUGCCACCGCGUAUCGUUCGACGAGUUAACCUGCGAGUGUGGAGCUAGCAUUAUUUAUCCACCAGUGCCUUGUGGAACGAAAAAACCUCAUUGCGAUAAACCCUGCUCUCGACGGCACAGCUGUUCCCACCCCGUUCUGCACAACUGCCAUUCGGAUACCGACUGUCCGCCGUGCGUUGUGCUGACCACCCAACAUUGCUACGGCAAACACGAACAACGAAAGACUAUCCCGUGCUUCCAGAGCUCGUUCAGUUGUGGCCUUGCAUGCGCCAAACCACUGCCCUGUGGACGUCACAAGUGCAUCAAACCGUGUCACCAGAACGAAUGCUUCGAAGAGGGCGAAAUUUGCAAGCAAAGCUGCACCACCCCCAGAACGAACUGCACUCACCAGUGCAAGGCUCCUUGCCAUGACGGAGAAUGUCCACCCGAUCUACCCUGUAAGGAAAUGGUUGAGGUUACGUGCGAGUGUGGCCACCGGAAACAGAUGCGAACAUGUCAUGACUUCGGCAAGGACUAUCGGCGAUUCGCUUCUGCCCAGUUGGCCUCUUCCAUGCAGGAAAUGCAACGCGGCGGAUCGGUGGAGCUGAGCGAUAUCCUUGGCUCUGGUAAACCAAAAAGCAACAAAACCCUGGAGUGCAGCGAAGAGUGCCGCCUAGUGGAACGAAACCGGCGCCUGGCCAUCGGUCUCCAGAUUCGCAACCCGGACCUGUCAUCCAAGCUGCAGCCGAACUAUUCAGACUUUUUGAAAACCUUCGCCAAGAAGGAUCCCACCCUGAUCAAGAUGGUCCACGAGAAACUCACCGAGCUGGUCAAGCUAGCAAAGGAGAGCAAACACUCGCGUAGCCAUUCAUUCCCGGUGAUGAACCGCGAUAAGCGGCGUGUUGUGCACGAAAUGUGCGGAAUGUUUGGUGUCGAGUCGGUGGCCUACGAUGCCGAACCGAACCGCAACGUGGUGGCCACGGCCGAUCGGUUUAAGACCUGGCUGCCCAGCAUGAGCCUUCUGGAAGUUUUGCAACGCGAAAGCGGACAACGUCGUGUGGUGGUUCCCAAUUUGAAUGCCUGGGGUAGGGCGCCAGCAGGUGGUGCCAGUGCGGCAAACAAAUGAUCAACAUAAAACGGACGAAUUUUGCCCAUUUACAAUUAUUUUUUUUCUGAUUUUUCUACUUAUCUCUACUCUCGCACAUUCUUCUAUUUAUGCAUAUUGUUUAUCUCAUUAUUUUUUCCAUUAUGUCGUUUCUACCAUUUUACUUGGAUUGUGUUUUAUCUGGUCCAUUUCCCGUCGUAUUCCGAUAUGCGUACCUUCUAUGAAAACGAAAAUUCUAAAAUUUUAAGUCAAUAUACAGUCCAUUCCGGGUAAA